AUGACUAGAGCCGAAGUAGAAAAGGAACAACCUUUGAAUCCUAAGACUACAAAGUUUGAAUUUGGUGGAUGCUUGGGGGCUUUGUUCUUAUCUUUGUUUCUACCAGUUUUCACUGUUUUUAUUAACCUUCAAUUAACUCCAGAUGCCAAAUUUUCUACAGAUCCAUUGUAUUAUUUAAAUCCAUGCCGUUCAUCAGAAGUUUGGAUCCCAUAUCUAUGUUGGUUUGGUGUUCUGGCUGUAUUUGAUAUCAUUUUACCAGGUAAGACUAUGUUCGGUACUCUAUUGAGAGAUGAUACAAAGUUGAAAUAUAAGAUCAAUGGUAUCAGUAACUCCUUUCUUUUGAUUUUGAUCUUAGGUUUAAGAUGGCAAAUCACCGAAGGUGCCAUGCCUGAAUUAGUGUUCCUUUAUGAACAUCAUAUUGAAUUGAAUAUUAUUAGUAUAUUAUUUGCUUUUUAUUUGGCUACAUAUUGCUAUUUAAAGAGUUUUGUCUAUUUUGGUAAAGAACCAAUUUUGGCUUUAGGUGGUAAUGCUGGUAAUGUUAUCUAUGAUUGGUUUAUUGGCAGAGAAUUAAAUCCAAGAAUUGGUUGUUUUGAUAUCAAAUUAUUUUGUGAGUUAAGACCUGGUAUGUUAUUAUGGUUAUUAAUCAAUUUAAGUUGUCUUCACCAUAAUUAUGUUGUUGUGAACCAAUUCAAUUCAGUCAAUGAUGCAUUGUUAUUAAUCAACAUCUUACAAGGAUUCUACAUCUUUGAUGGUGUCCUGAAUGAAGAAGGGUUAUUAACAAUGAUGGAUAUUGCCACAGAUGGGUUUGGAUUCAUGCUAUCCUUUGGUGAUUUAACAUUUGUUCCAUUUACUUUUUGUUUGCAAGCAAGAUUCCUAAGUGUUAAUGCUAACGAUUUAGGUCAAAAUAAAGUUAUAUUUAUUACUUCUUUGAUGACUUUAGGUUAUUAUAUUUUCCAUUCAGCUAAUAAACAAAAAUCUGAUUUCAAACAAGGUAAAUUACCAAAUUUAAAGAGUAUUCAAACACAACGUGGUACCAAAUUAUUAUGUGAUAGUUGGUGGGGGAUGUCACAACAUAUAAAUUAUAUGGGAGAUUGGUUAAUUUCUUUAAGUUGGUGUUUAACUACAUGGUUUGUUACUCCAUUGACUUAUCAUUAUUCUGUCUAUUUCGCCAUUCUAUUAUUGCAUAGACAAAAGAGAGAUGAAGAGAAAUGUAGUGAGAAAUAUGGUGAUGAUUGGGUUACCUAUCAAAAGAAGGUUCCUUAUAAGAUUAUCCCAUAUAUUUACUAA